UGACACCUCAGGAAACUGGUUUUCAGACGAAAGAAACAAGAUCCACUCGGCCAUGGAGAAGUAAACUGGAAAUGAGCAGAAACUGCAAAACGAAAAUUGAAUAACUUUACAUGGAAUCCCGAUCACAUCACCUGCAUCAUGUCUCAGAAAAAGCUGUCUGGAGCAAAUUCAGCCCCCAGGCUUGUUGUCAAGAUUAUAGGCAGCAAACAAGUCAAGCAGUUUAUUGAGGAGCCCAAAGAAGAUUCUGGGGAGAUGGCACAGAAAGAAACAAAUCCUCCAGCUGAAGCUGCACUUGGUGAUUUCAAGAAAACUCCAGAAAACCAAGAUGUGACGGUGUCCAGGUCUCACAGGCAGGUGCAGCACCGAGUGGACUCCGCACUAUGGGCUGUGAUCAACCAGGUUCCUGACAGGCUGUGUGUAACAGCGCCCUCUGGUGAUCGCUCCAGGUCCUACAUUCACCCAAGGACUCCUCACAGCUCUGAUCCCAGUGCAGCUGAAGGGCCGCAGACAACAGAACAGACAGCUGCGUCUGAGGACAGAGAUAAGGCUGAGCUUUCCUCGGCUGUCAGAGAGGAGCUGUCUGAUUGGCGGCUCUCCUGUCUGAGAUCAACAGAGGACGAAGUGGCAGCUCUUGAUCUCACCUGCAGUGGGACGCUGAAUCGAUCUGAGAUCACUCACCUGUUUCUGAGAAAUGACAUUCCGCUGAAAUUACCAACGUUUUCUCUGCUUCUGCAAAUGUUCUCUGAUAAAAAUGAUACAGUCCAGAUUCAUUACAGAGAUCUCCUGCAGUUCAUAAUAAGUUCUGCUUUCCCUGAGGAACUCCACAAUGACAGUGAGCUUCAGUGAAGCUGAACCAGAGGGGCAAAGCUUCCUCACAACGCUGACAUCACGAAUCUGAGGCAACACACAGCCAGGAACCAUCUGACCACGGCUCUGUGAAAUGUCAACUGCAAUUGACACCCACCAUGUUGCAAAGCGUUGCGCUAUUUCAUGUGCAAUAACUGACAACCAUAGGGCAAACUAGAUGUAUCAUACAGACUGAAGCAGUUAGUUCUGAUCUGGGGAGCCAAUGUAGUAAAUGGGAUUGGUAAGAAGGACAACCGUGGCCUGAUUCAAGACCAUCCACAUCUCCGAUUUGUUCGGCCACUCAAAUAAUGUUGUUAAACUAAUUGCUGAUCACACAAUCAAAGCUUCACUUCAUCGUCUUCCUAUGAAGCUAGCUAGCUACCUCCCUACUUACAUACAUGCAAAAUGGUGACAGGAAAAUGCCAUGCCGAGCAUGAAUGAGUUUGUUUAAGAUGCACAGGUUGUGUAAAGCGGACAUAACUCCCAAAUCGGCACAUAUCUUCAGUCAUCAUGAAACAUAAGUUCUAUCUGUGCAUGUAUAAUCAGACCUCAAGUAAGUGUCUAUUUUAGCAGAAUGAAAAUUGCUAGACACACACACACACACACACACACACACACACACACACAAAACUGAAGAGAUGAACCCACACGACACGUGAAGUUGUUUGCUUUUUUCUUUAUUUUUUUUGUAGCGUUUUUUUUUAUGU